CAUUCAAAGCGGUCGGUCUCAUGGACGUGGUGGGAGCCAGAGGUCUCUAACAGAGAAAUUCUGCAAGGGUCCUCAGCCCCAUGGAGCAUCUGUCAUGGGUGGGACCAGUGGUUCGUCCGUCCUCGGAUCGUGUCUCCAGGAGCAGCUGCGUAGGAAGCAGGAUGGGGUUGCUCGGGAGCAAAAAUCAGCUGACAUCCAAUGAGAAACACACUUCUGGAAGCAACCCAAAAACCAAGAGUAAAACUCCUCCCGCCCCACCCAAGGGCAGACAAUUUAUCAACAUCUCUCAUCUAAACCAAGCCUCUGUACAAGAUAACUUGGUUGUGAUUGCACUGUACGAUUUUCCUGCCGCAAGUGACCGCGAUCUGCAGCUGGUCAAGGGGGAGAAACUCCAAGUUCUCUCCAACGAGGGUGACUGGUGGCUGGCAAAAUCCCUCAGCAGCGGGAGGAAAGGCUACAUCCCCAGUAACUUCGUUGCACAAGUAGACAGUUUGGAAGAGGAAAAGUGGUAUUUUAAAACUCUGAGCAGAAAAGAUGCUGAACGGCUGCUGUUGUCUUCUGGUAACAAAGUCGGCUCUUUCCUUGUCCGAGAGAGUGAAACCAGCAAAGGUGCUAUUUCCUUGUCCGUGAGAGACAGCAACUCUGCUCAUGGGGACAUCAUCAAACACUACAGGAUCCGCUCCUUAGACGGCGGGGGGUAUUACAUCUCCCCCAGGAUGACUUUCUCCAGCCUGCCAGAGCUAAUCCAUCAUUACAGCCAGAAAGGGGAUGGCCUGUGCCAGCGACUCACAGCUCCCUGCAUAACCCUGGUUCCCCAGAGACCCUGGGCACAGGACGAAUGGGAGAUCCCACGGGAGUCUCUGAAGCUCGUGAAGAAACUUGGCAGUGGGCAGUUUGGGGAAGUAUGGAUGGGCUACUACAAGAACAACAUCAAGGUGGCUGUGAAGACCAUGAAGGAGGGCAGCAUGGAUCCUGAUGCCUUCUUGGCAGAAGCAAACUUGAUGAAAAGGCUCCAGCAUAACAAACUGGUCCGGCUAUAUGCAGUAGUCACGAAGCAGCCGAUCUAUAUUGUGACAGAGUACAUGGCCAACGGGUGUUUGCUGGAUUACUUGAAGACAGAAGAAGGAAGCCAACUGAAUCUCCCAAAACUCAUUGAUAUGUCAGCUCAGGUGGCAGAGGGAAUGGCGUACAUCGAGCGCAUGAACUCCAUCCACCGUGACUUGAGAGCUGCCAACAUCCUCGUCUCGGAGACGCUCUGCUGCAAAAUUGCUGAUUUUGGCCUGGCCAGGAUCAUCGAGAACGAAUACUUGGCACAAGAAGGUGCCAAAUUCCCGAUCAAAUGGACGGCGCCGGAGGCUAUUAACUUUGGAGUUUUCACCAUCAAAUCUGACGUGUGGUCUUUUGGGAUCCUCCUGACAGAAAUCAUAACCUACGGCAGGAUCCCUUAUCCAGGGAUGACCAACCCCGAGGUGAUUCGCAACCUGGAGCGGGGCUACCGCAUGCCCUGUCCGGACAUGUGCCCUGGCGAGCUCUACAAUAUCAUCCUGAAAUGUUGGCGAAACAAGCCCGAGGAGCGCCCGACCUUCGAGUACCUGCAGUCAGUCCUUGAGGACUUUUACACCGCCACGGAGAAGCAGUACGAGCCGGAGCCUCAGCAGUAAGCCGCCGUCCCACCAGCACCUGGGGAUAGAUCUGGAGGAAAGCCACAACCCGGCGACGGCCUUUCCCUUUCUCCUGUGUGCCACCACGAUGCAUUUGGAGACGGGGAACAAGGAGGGACACGAGGGAGGUGGAUCCUGCCAGCUCUGUGGUUAUUAUGGAGACUAAAGCGGUGGCUGAGAGCUGGCACAGCUCCUUCCUCAUCCGCCUUGGAGGUCUGUACCCACUUCGCAGACAUUGCCUCUGCCAUGAAGGACAGCAGACUCCUUCGUGACCCACCUGGACACGUAAAAGUCCCUCAGCCCUGCAACUGCAGCCCUGGGAAGAAGGGGCCAUGGCCGGGGUGGUGGUACGGGGUGGGGUGCACAAUCUCUCCCCUCCUUCUGGUGCCACUGCCAGCAAUACUACAACCCCUUUCAUGCCACGGGCAGGGGUGGCAACGUGUCCUAUCUGCACCUCCUUGAGCCGCACCAGGUCCCAAGCUCUGGAGCAAUCUCUCCAGGUGGUGCCACCCCUCUGCCCCGAGUCGAUAAUAAAGAACUGGAUACGA